AAGUUUCAAUAGAUAACUUGAGUUCUAAAGAAUACGGUACGCGCUGCCAACAUUUACGUUUGUAGUUGUUCAACUUUGAAAAAAAAAACUGAAUGUUGUUCAACCUUGCAAAAUUGUGGCGCGAAAUACAUUUAUUUUAAAUGAUUGCGAUUACUUUAUCGAAUAAAGUGUACGAGCACAACAAACUCGCGUUAUUUUCUGGUGGUUCGUUAACUGUGUCAAAUCGAACCUAAUAGACGUUCUCGUAUGCUCGCAAGAAGCCAGUAACGAAACGACUUGAAUCAAAUUAAUGAACUUAGUGGUAUGUGUAUGUGACUUUAAUAAGUGAAGUUAACGGACUUGUGACGUAAAAAACGUUUAUUUCACAAAUUGACUUUAAAGUGUUUUGAUAUAAGCACUUGAUCAAGAUGAGCUUCAAUAAGAAUAACCCCAACCCAAUGGGGAAAAUAAUGGGAUAUCUCAAGCAGCUCUCCACCGAAAUGGGAGCCAGCGAACAAAGCCGUCGUGGGCAGCAGGACGAGGAACGAUUGUAUCGUUCCCGCGGCCCGAAAUACGCAAGAGUUCCAUCAAAGCCCACGCUUUCUGCAUCUACGACUUGCACAUCUCUAGCAACGUCCUGCGGCUCUCAAGGGACACUUGUUCCUAACUACGCCACUAUUCCAGAGAUUGUAUCAACGGAAAGCAGUAGUGAGGACGAACAAGAUUCUUUCGAAAAAACACGUCGUCAUUUCCAACAGCUUCGCCAAAUCAGUCUAGGGAACGAAUUCAAAUAUAAAAUGGAGAUGGAAAUUAAAAGCGCUAAGGAAGAAAAUUUACGCAAUUCUAUACCUUUUGUGAAACAACUAAGUACAGAGAGUAAUAGAGUUAAAACUGAUUACACAAUCAAUGGAGACACCCAACCCUAUGGACCAACAACGCAGCGACUCUACCUAUGGACCCAGAUUUUCGCAGCAUUUGCUGUAUCAAUGGGCUCUCUAAUUGUGGGCUUCUCAUCUGGCUACACUUCACCAGCACUUCCUAGUAUGAACAGGACACUCACUAUUACAAAUGAAGAGAAUAGUUGGAUUGGAGGACUAAUGCCGCUGGCUGCACUGGUGGGCGGCAUUGCUGGCGGUCCCCUGAUUGAAUACAUAGGAAGACGAUUGACGAUUAUGUGUACGGCAUUGCCAUUCUUCUUGGGUUGGAUGCUUAUUGCGAAUGCCAUGAACGUUUAUAUGGUAUUAGCUGGAAGAGCUCUUUGUGGUGUAUGCGUUGGCAUAGGAAGUCUUGCAUUCCCUGUCUAUCUCGGCGAAACAAUUCAACCGGAAGUCCGCGGAGCUUUAGGACUUUUACCUACCGCUUUUGGUAAUACAGGUAUACUUCUAGCAUUUUUUGCUGGAACAUACUUAAAUUGGUCACAUCUAGCAUUCCUUGGCGCUGCUUUACCAGUUCCAUUCUUUUUAUUGAUGAUUUUAACUCCUGAGACCCCGAGAUGGUAUGUCACAAAAGGGCGAGCGGAAGAUGCAAGAAAAGCCCUGCAAUGGUUGAGAGGAAAGAAUAUAAAUAUCGAUAAGGAAAUGAGAGAUUUGACGCGUUCUCAAGCUGAAUCUGAUCUUACGUCCACUGGUAACGCUUUCGGACAGCUAUUUUCAAGAAAAUACCUUCCGGCCGUUUUAAUUUCUCUUGGUUUGAUGCUGUUUCAACAAUUAAGUGGAAUCAAUGCAGUCAUUUUCUACGCAUCGACAAUAUUUCAAAUGGCCGGUAGCAGUCUCGAUGAAAACUUAUGCAGUAUCAUUAUAGGUAUUGUAAACUUCAUAUCAACGUUCAUCGCGACGGCCAUUAUCGAUCGUCUCGGCAGAAAAAUGCUACUCUACAUUUCAUCUGUAUCAAUGAUCGUCACCUUAGUAGCUCUGGGAUCAUACUUUUAUGUAAGAGAAGUUGGAACAGAUGUCAGUAGCUACGGGUGGUUACCUCUGGCUUGUCUUGUAAUCUAUGUCUUGGGAUUCUCCAUCGGUUUCGGUCCCAUUCCAUGGUUGAUGUUGGGAGAAAUCUUACCAUCAAGAAUACGCGGUACAGCUGCUUCAAUGGCAACUGGCUUCAACUGGACAUGCACAUUUAUCGUGACUAAAUCCUUCCACAACAUUAUAGCCGCAAUCAACAUGUACGGCACAGUCUGGUUAUUUGCCGUAUUGUGUGUGAUUGGAUUAUUUUUCGUCAUUUUCUUCGUACCCGAGACUCGGGGUAAGAGUUUGGAAGAGAUCGAGAAGAAACUUACUGGUGGUUCAAGAAGAGUACGUAAUUUGAACAGCAACAAGUCAAAUCAAAAUGGUUGUUAAUUUAUAAAUUA